AUGAUCAGCAAUGAAGUCUGUUUGCUUCUCGGAGCGACAGGUGUGGGAAAAACUCUGCUAAUGAAACGUCUUCAUAAAGUUAAUUUGCAUGGAUUAGGUGAAUUUGGGGCAACUCCUUCUACUCUGCCUACAGUAGGAACCAACCUUACAGACCUGACACUGAAGAGGAAGAAACUGACAGUGAGAGAGCUGGGAGGCUGCAUGGGCCCAAUAUGGCCGAGUUACUUCAAAGACUGCUCCUCUGUAAUGUUUAUGGUGGACUCAGCCAACAUUGCUCAGAUAUCCUCCUCCUGUAUCCAGCUGCUGUCAGUACUCUCUGCUGAGCCUCUGCGCAAUGCUUCUGUGCUUAUUCUCUUCAACAAGAGGGACAUGCAUUGCACUAUGAGCCUUGUAGAAGUAAAGUCACUGUUUCGAAUGGAUGACAUCAUUGCAUCUGCGACUCAGCCAAUCACAACACUGGAGCUCAGUGCCUGUUCUGGAGAAGGGCUUCAGGAAGUGCUAAGCUGGCUGGAGUCCAUCACAGUCAAGUGAUCUAUCAUACGUUUGUUCUUUGUAAAGUGAGGCUACUGUAAAAGGACCCUGAAUGAGGUCUCCAAGCCUUUGUGUGUAAAGACUGUUAAAACACAAUUUGAGAGGGUAUAAUGUGCUCAGUAUGCGUCAGCCCCUCAAAUCAAAAACACUGGACUCAAUGAAACCAUGGCAGGAGGUACAGUAUGACAUCAAAAACGACGCUUCAUCUUAAGCAUCAUAUGAAUGUAGCAACUGCCCAUCAGGGGAAUGGAAACAAUCUAUGUUAAAUCAUGGGAAGAUGGGGCCAGUGUGUCAUUGGCCACUUAACAGUUAUUUACUGUCAUACUAAAAAGGAUUUCUCUCAAUGAAACAUUC